AGGUGAGCCACGGGAAUAUACUGUAAGUUAUAUGACUGACAGCUGGAAGCCAAACAUUUGUGCCUGAAUCCCGCUCGCUCCUCCCUAAUGGGGCCCUCGGCGGCCAAUAGCGUGGCUCUCCUGCAGAUAGACCCCAGUGUGUCUCCUUCCAGCUCCAGUCCCCGCAGAGUAAAAGUCACGUUGGAAGGAAAAGGGGAGAGAGAUAUCUACUUACAGCUGCUGUCAGAUAUCCGAUCGCAUUCGCAUGGCGAGGAGGUAACCUGAUCGAGCUGGGAGGAGUGACUUUACAAGGGAAGGCUUGAACAAAAAAAAAAAUGUCCUCUUCUUCUGCCGGAGAAGUCUCAACAGCGAAUGACAUCAAGAGGGAAAAUGUGAAGGAGGUGGAUAAGCGGGAGUGCAUCAAGCUUGUGGCGCUGGACGCGGCGGAGUUGUCCAUGGAGCGCACGACUCCCAACACGGACGCGGUGCGCACGGAGCUGUUGGUGAGCGCCGCUUCCUCACUGGCUUUCUCCCCGGAGCAAGUGGCGUGUGUCUGCGAGGCUUUGCAGCAGGGAGGUAAUGUGGACCGGCUGGCCAGGUUCCUGUGGUCCCUGCCACAGAGUGACCUGCUACGCGGCAAUGAAAGCAUCCUGAAAGCCCAAGCCCUCGUCGCGUACCACCAGGUUCGGUACCAGGAGCUGUACAGUAUUUUGGAGAACCACAGUUUCAGUCCAUCCAACCACACCUUUCUGCAAGAUCUGUGGUACAAGGCCCGGUACACCGAGGCGGAGAAGGCGCGGGGGAGACCCCUGGGCGCCGUGGACAAGUACCGGAUCCGGAGAAAGUACCCUCUCCCCAGGACUAUCUGGGACGGCGAGGAGACUGUGUAUUGUUUCAAGGAGAGGUCCCGGAACGCGCUGAAGGAUCUGUAUAACCAGAAUAGGUACCCCUCUCCUGCCGAGAAAAGAAACCUCGCCAAGAUUACAGGACUCUCCUUGACCCAGGUCAGCAACUGGUUCAAAAACAGGAGACAGAGAGACAGAAACCCGUCCGAGGCACAAUCAAAAAGUGAAUCUGAUGGAAACCACAGCACAGAGGAUGAGUCAAGCAAAGGCCAGGAGGAGCUGUCUCCCCGGCCCCUGUCUAACUCCUCAGAUGGGGUGAUCACCCAUGGGACCCUUCCCAUUCAAACAGGGCCUCUGGACAGUGGGGUGGUCAUCCAGCAGAUCGGGGACAUCAAGCUGCCCCCUGGAUCCAGCGGUGGCGGUCUGUACAACGGAAGUCUAGUGACCAGCAACACUUCCUCCACUGUGUUUCACAACGGUGGCUCGUCUUACCUCCACACACCUGGAAACAUCCUCUUCAACGGGCUCAAUUUGGGCAUCCAGCCGCUGGCCUUCAACCCUCUGAGGCCAUCUGGAGGGGUGCUGCUUGGGGGCUCUGGUAUGGACAUGCAGAUGCAGACAGGACAGGAGAAAGGACUGGGCAGUUCUGCUGAGGACUCGGCCCUACAGUACGGCUCCUACUCCGGCUGUGUGAACGGAGCAGAGGUGAAGCUGGAGGGGGUUCACACCAUGGCUGCCCAGAACGGAGGCUCCUCUGUGCUCACGUUCAGCUCCUCGUCAGGUGCGCUGCAGCUGGGUGGCUACAGCCUGGUCCAGGUAGGAAGUGGAGUCUCUGACAGCGAUGGCAGCUCAUUACUCAACAGUGACGUAGGUCUUCCUCCACUGCAGCUCUCCUCUGCCUCAUCUUCCUCACAACAAGGUACAAUGCCUCUGAACAACGUAGCAGUGAGUUCCUCCAGCGACGACUCGUUCCAGCAGCAGGACAAGCUGACCAUGACGUCCCUGCACCACAGCACAGUCCUCUACAGCAUGAGCAAUGCCGGCCAGCCGGCCAUCAAGAAGGAGCCUCUGGAGGGAGGCGUCUACUCCUCGUACCACCACGGGCUCCACCUGGACCCCAGUGGUCAGCUCAGCUACACCACCCCCAACUCAGAAGAGGUUCCUUCCAGUCAAGGUCCAGCCUCCAGCACGGAGAACCCCGCCGUCAGCUCGUCCAGCCCCGAGCCAGAGGUCUACACCACCCUCACCGUCAGCACGCCCCUGAUGGCUCAAACGGACCCCAGCAGCCACCAUCUCCAGCCCACAGAGUACAUCGGGGGCCACGAGGUCCGGGGGCCCUCCUCGCACCUGAUGGGCCCCGGCAUGAACAGCAACUACAUGAACCUUUCAGAGAACAAGGUGGACGGCUCAGGCUCGGGAGGCGUGAGUGAGAUGGUGCGGGCGAUGUGUGGGGAGAUGGAGGCUGUGGAGGGGAAGGAGCUAGCCAAACUACAGACAGUGCAGAUGGAGGAGGACAUGGCUGACCUUUAACCUCGAGCCUCCUCUCGCAGAAGCACUCACGUCCGCCCCAAGCCGUGAUAUGGUGAAUCUUUUUACUUUUGUGUGCGCGUGUGUGUGGUUGUUUUUUUUUUUUUUUUACCAUUCAUUUCCUUUAAAUGUUAAAUUAUUUGUGUUCAUUUGACUUUUACAAUGCACUCUAGUCAGAGCGGAGCCCCGUGGGUGGGCGAGUUUAUCAUAAAAAUUAAAAAAAGUCUGACACGUUUUAAAAAGCCCCGUUCAUGAGAUGAAACAUCGCUGACAGGAGAAGUUGCUCUAUGUGUGUGAGCCGUGUUUAAAUGUGCAUUUUUAUAGACAACACCUGCUACUUCCUGUUGAGAGGAUUUGAUCUGCAGAAGCAGGUGCUGGAAUGCCUUGAGUCACAUGACCAGGAUGUUCCUCCAAACUAAAUGCGUCAUAUGGGUCAAACCAAAAAGGUCAUUCAGUAGGGGGAAGAGGGAGAGAGCCUCUGUGAAAACAGUCAGUUAAAGAGCGACGACUUCACCAAAGGACUGCACACACACAGAGAAUAGGUCAUUAAACACACAAAGCUGCUGAUUUAGAAAAAAAGUGUCCUUCAGUUAUCACUUUAAAGUCUCUGAAUGCCUCUCAAGUCACGGCAAACCCCUGUUUUUGUGCUUUAUAUCAUACCAAAUGAACUAGGAGUGUUGGACUUAGACGAAUGUGCCUUUCUGCUACUUAAAAUACACAAUGGCAUUGGUCUGUUUUGGCAUUUGCACUAUCAUUAUGACAUUAAAACAGCCUUCAUGUUGGAGGGUUUGUCCUCAACAAAUGCACACUAUUUCAACUCAUAUUUCGAGCCUCAUCUUUAACCUGUGAGACCAACAUGAUGAUCUAAAGGUCACGCUCACACGUUGUUCAUCAUGUGUUGUUUUUAUAACGCUGCAACUCAUAGUAUGUUACCUAGAUGUGAUGAUGCUAUACUAUAUCCUGUUUCAUUUUGAUGUGUCUCUCCCAGUGUCAGUAAUCAUGAAUGAUAUUUUUCUAUAAAGGGAUUGUGAUAAUCUCUCAUUGCAUGGCGUCAUGUUUUGGACACUAGUGCCUUUUACUUUUUGUUUUGUGAGUAACACUGAAAGGAAGCUCGGUCUUAGCUCUUGCAGGCUUCAGAGAUUUACCACCACCGCCGCUGCCGCUGCCGCUGCUGCUGGCACAUUUGUUGGGUGUCAGUGUGGAGGGGAAAGACGAGAGAAUGUGGAGCCCAUUUGUCAAGUGUGUCCGGUGCUUUUCACAACAGGAGCCUAAUUCCUUGCUGUCAUACAUGACCAUAAUAGCACAUUUCAGCCUCACAGCCAACUCACACCAUGCACAUCUAUCAGUGCAUCACAUGUCUUCAUACAAGUGGACUAGUAAUACUUUCCUUUGACAGGAUUUAUCCCAUCAAUUUGAACGGAUGUUUCAGUGGAAGUAUCCUCAGUGCUUUAAUGUCAUUAUACCAAAAAUGAGUCGUGGGCAAAUAGUAAAACUGAUGGUCAUUUGUUUUUGUUUUUUAUCUUAGUUUGAAUUAUAUGUUUGUCUGAAAUUAUGUGAAUGUAUUUUUCUAAAUCUCCAUACUGCAAUAAAAGUUUAUAUUUAUAAAAACAUAAA